ACCGAUCGAUAGAGAAAUGAAUGCUCUAUCCAGUCAUAUAUAACUAAAAAGCGUAUUAUGUUUUGCAGAAAUACAGUAAGCUGAAGAAAACUAGCAAAAAUAACGUAAUCGACCUGUAUAUCCGUCGUUUUGAAGCAAUUUAAGUGUGUUUGUAUACAUUACAAAGCAAUAUUUCUCUUUGGCCAUAAACUAGAAAGUCACCGACUGCUUCACAACAUUAUAAAACAUCAAAAAGAGUAACCAUGUUUAACGUAGCUGAUCUAGUACGAUUGUUUAAUGAGUUAGUAAAGGAAAAGUAUCCGAAUUGUAAAGACAACAAACCAUCUCCUCAGGAUCACGCAGCCGCUGAUCAACUCAUUUCUGUAUUGCAGUUGCUGACAACUUCAUCCGAAAUGAUUGAUGGCGAUAUUAAGUUGGAUAUCGACGAAUAUGACGAUACUGAUGAGUCUUAUACAAUUGAACCGGAUGACACCGAAGAAACCUAUGUAGUUGGUAAUCGAUCUUAUUCGUAUCAAGCUAUGCGUGGAAUUGUGCAGUUUGCGAAUACUCACCAGUUUUCAUCUGUCAAACGAAGAUUUCUAUCAAAGGUGUGUUGACCAUGUAGCAAUUGAACAGCUCAACAUUGACCUGAGAUUGAGGGAUAAUAUAUUGAAACUACAUUCUCUAAUCCAUAAUCAACUUUGUUCAGAUCGUUUUCAUUUGAUGAUCGAGUAUGCUUGGUACUCGUGUGGAUAUACGACAGAAACCCGGACAACUUCAAAAUGUUCGUCAUAUUUGUUUUUCCUUUGGUGUAGAUAGAUGCUCUAUCAUUGAUUGUGACGAGAGAAGCUUUAUAGCUUGUAGUUGGUGUGAUGAAAUUCUAUGCUUUCAUCGCUUUUUUGUUGCUGAUCAUAAGCAUUUUUAGUUUGUCUAGCUGAUGUUUUGUGCACUGUUUUGGCUAAUUGCUUUGAAAUAAAAUUUCUGGUCAUUCUAACUAAAUUGUUAGAAUAACAAGUAAUAAUCCAGAUGUAUCAUUACCUGUCAAACACAUGUAUGAUACCCCUAUUUACGACAGAAAAGUAUAUGUUCUCUAUUAGAUCAUAUUCAUUCUUUACAAUAUUUUACAAAAAAAUUCAUAAUUGUUACAAAUUUUACAAAAACGAAAAAUGAUAUAUAAUCAUAUCUAUGAUAUAUGAAAAAUGAAAAAGUUUGAUUCUCUAUUUUUUUCAGACUUAAACGAAAGCAGUUAAGACAUUGAUAUUAAUGAGAUACAUCAAGGUCUCUACAGGAUAGAAUGGUUUAAAACCCUUUCUCCGGGGGGGGGUGGGGCACUUAAAUAUGUCCCCUCGUGAGUAUUAAUAUUCUAAUAUUUUAUCGUAUGACAGCAAAGCUUAUUUCUUCGUUAAAAUGCAACCAUGCAUCCAAAUCGAUCAAAGUGACGUCUUACAAAAGUAUUUAAUCUGAAUAACAAAGAUACCUUUCAGUCUAUUUUUUCCUUUUUUUCUUGUCUUCAAAAGCAGAAAAAAUCUUGAUUCAUUAGUGAGUUACUUGUAUUGUCAUUUUGUAGACACUUAUUCCCUCGACUGUAGGGAGGGUCAUAUGAAAAAAAAUAAGUUUAUGGCUGCCCUUGUAACACAGGUCAAAAAAACAUCGGAGAUGAAAUUUAUUUAAGCGUAGCUCGUAAAGUUUCAGCAAAGGUAAUUGAGGUUGGGAAAUCCGAUUUCGAGCUCGGAUUUUACAUCCGACCCUUCCAUUGGCUAGAAAGCUGACCAAUCAGAAGUGAGCUUUUUUACUUUAAGCUUUUUGUACAUUUUGACGAAACUAUACUAUAGGUUAUCGAGGACCAGGAUUCUGAAUCCGACACCGAAUUUUGCAUCCGACCUUCUCAUUGGCUAGAAAGCCGACCAAUCAGAAGUGAGUUUUUUUAUUUCAAGCUUUUUGUACAUUUUGAUUAAACUUUACUAUAGGUUGUCGAGGGCUAGGAUUCUAAAUCAGAGAUCAGAUUUUACAUCUGGUCUUCCCAUUGGCUUAGGAGGCGACCAAUCAGAAAAGAGCUUUUUAUUGUAGGUCAAAGGUCGUAUUCAAAGGCUUUUGGGCCUUUUGAUGAAGUUUACUAUAGUUUAUCGACAGUCAGUAUUCCAAAUCUGUGGUCGGAUUUUACAUCUGGCGUUUCCAUUGGCCGAAAGUCGACUAAUCAUAAACGAGCUUUUCUAUUUUAAGCGUUUUGUGUCUUUUAAUGGGGUAUUUUCUCGACUGAAGGGAGGGUCAUAUGAAAUAGAAUGAGUUUAAUGCUUGCUUAGUUCUUGUUCGCAUUUUUGUUAAGCAGAAGUUCUGACUUAUGGAACUUUCCGCCAGUAUGACUCGAAGAUGGUAAUAUCAACAGAUAUAUGAAAAUGAGGUCUCAUCUUUAUGGUUAAUAGAGAAGAACCAGCUAUUUGGUUGAGUGGGUUCAAAUAAUGGAGCCACUAGCCGUGAGUGGCGCCCCAGAGGGACGCCGACGAACGACUAGUCGCUCCUAUUGUAAGUUCACUGUUGAUUUGCUUUAGAAAUGAUCUAUAUAAAGGCUAGGAUUUUUUGGAGAAUACUAUACUAAGAUUCUCUUAACGAAAAAUUUCAAUAAACCUCUGAUUGACUAGCUAAGCAAUGAAAUUAAAGACAUGAGGAAUAGUUCACAACAAGGUUUCGGCUUUGGAAUUUCCUUUCGAGAAUUCUCGUGUUAUAAAUCUAACGAUUAUUGGAACCGUAGUCUAGAACGAGGUUGGGUGUAAAUCAAAGAGGAUGAUCUUAUGCUGGAAUAGAGUUAAGGAUGGGAGCGGCUAGCCACCAGUGGCGCCCCGAAGGGGCGCCGACGAGCGACUAGCCGCUGCUCUGAGAAAUUGCCUGAAAGAACGCCUCAGGCUGUUGCAAUCCAGCGAAAAAAUGUCUACGGUCUAGAUCUGGCCGGUUUCAAUUAGAGCUAGAAAUACGAAAAAAUCUAAGAAAUAUUUUCGAAUGAAGUCCGAGAACAGUUGCGCUUCACGCGCACAAUAUCUGAAUAGAACAUGUGAUGGAAAACAUCACGCAACGAAUUCAGAUUCACUCCAUUCGAAGUAGAGUUGAAUGAAAUAAAAUGUGUUUGUCUGUUGUUAUACGUGCUUCCCUGUGUGUAUUCAAGUGUCUAAAUUUUUGCGGAUAUCUGGAAAUUAACUACCCAAUUCGAUAACUACUUUGAGUAAGAGGGUCACUUAAGUGCCGUUUUCUGGUUAUAGGUCUUAUCAAAAAUGAUUUAUUUUAAUCUAGAAGCUCAGCUAAACCCGUAUUUUUGUAGCCGACAGAAGCAAAUGACAUUGUCGGUUGAUGUGCUAGUGACUAUGCGGACUUUUAUUAGAGUUUUCAAUGUGUGUGACGCGUUUCCACGCUAGUGUCACGGAUAUGUUUUCUAUGUUGAUCCUCUCAGCUUAUUGAAGAUAAUCUCUUUUCUCGGAACGUGUGGAUGCUGCUGUCUUAGUGUGGCUUAUGUAGAUUUUCGUUGGGUAUUACUGUGUGGGUAUCGGUUUGAUUGGAUGAAUUUAUGGCAAAAAGUAUCACACAGACACGUAUGGCAUUGUGCAGAACGACACUGAUGUGGAUAUAAAUAUCCACACUCACACGCAACCUUGUUCGAACCUUGGAUACUAGGGUUUUUUAGCGUUGUAGAGCAGUAUAUAAUACCGAAACAGUAAAAUAUUCAGUCGAGGGUCAAGCGAGUCACACAGACGAGCGUUACUUGUUCAUUAGUGUCAUGUAAUGAGAAAAAUUCAAAAUCUCUUUUGAAUGGAAGCCAUGUUUUUUAUCGCAACUAAGUUAAAUUUAUAAGGAACGCUAUCAAUCUCAAUCUAUCUUUUUCUUCCCCUAUCCUUACCUUAUGAAUAAAACUUUAUCUUCCAUAAUGCCACUCUUUAUAGGUUUUAACUGUUCAACUUUCAAUGAGCUAUCGGAGUUUAAUCUCAGAGGUUUACUCUUCAACUGGUAAUUCUACAAUGUACAAUAGGAAGCAUUGUAGAAUAUCAAUGAAAACCUGUCAAUUCUCAUUGAGUGACCGUCAUUUCCAAGUGAAAAUAAUGCUUUCGACCUUGAAAUUCAAAUUUUGCCUGCAUAAAGAUGUGACUAAAUUAAUUUAUGUCAAAGGUUUUAGGAUUUGGAACCAUAUCUUUCAGAAAAAUGAAUUUUCAGGAUAUUAAUGCCUUUCCAGAGAUAAUUUAAACUCUGAUUUUCAAACGACUCUUGUCUCAAAUAGGAUAUUGAAAGUUUGGAAAAGUUUUAGGAAAUUUCAUUUAGUUGAUAUAUUUAUGGGAUAAGGUUUUAGCUUAAAAUUCAAUAACUACUUUUGCUAGACUAUUAAGGCUAUACAAGGUAAUUUUACUAAAUGCUCACUAUUUUGUAAGAAUCAGAUUCAGACAUGAGCGCUUUCAUUUUAUUGAUGAGUCUUCAGAUUUCACAAAUUGUUUUUGUGAAGAAUUUUAGUUUUGAAAUUCUCAAAACGUGAGCGUUUUAAGUAUAUUCAAUGCAAAAUUUUGAAUUUUCAUCCGUCCUGACAUGCUAUCAUAGCACCAAAGGUCUACAUGUAGUGAUACGUAAGCUGGGAGGCUCGAUAGUGUUAGAUAUGAUUCAGUUCUAUGGAGUCUUGCUCAAUGAAUGUGUCUUCGAUUUAGGAUUCGAAUUUUAAUGAACGUUGUAUGAAAGAUUAAAAGGUCUGUUACCUUUUAGGUGAAGGUCUAGGUCUCGUUCUUCUCAAACGAUUGAGUGAUGCUGAAAGGGAUGGGGAUAGAAUUUACUGUGUAAUACAUGAUGUCUUAAGCAACCAUGAUGGUUCUGAAGGUAAACACGGUUAUGUUGUGCCAGCAACCGCUGGACAACUACGUCUUUUAAGCGAAAUUUAUGCUAGAACACAAUACGAUCGAAAUCGUAUCUUCUACGUUGAAGCGCAUGGAACGGGAACACAAGUAGGUGAUCCAAUAGAAGCCAACAGUAUUGGUGAAUUCUUUCAACGAUCGCCCUUUGAUCCUCCACUAUUAAUCGGAUCCGUUAAGAGCAAUAUUGGGCAUACGGAAGCAACAGCUGGUAUUGCAUCUCUUAUUAAAGCAAUAAUGUGUAUGAAACAUAGAGCGAUCCCACCAAACAUGCAUUUCAAAGAGUAUAAUUCAAAAAUUGAAGUAGAUCAAUUCAAUCUGCAUGUGGUUCAGACAAUAACUCUAUUUCCUCCAAUUAAUAGUGAUGGUGAAAAACCACAUCCAAUAGCUUUCGGCAUUAGUUCGUUUGGUAUUGCUGGCAAUAAUUCUCAUGCUAUUAUAGAAGAGUAUCAUCCAAAACAGAAAUCGAUCAAUACAAAUGGUCAUAUUAAAGGAAAACUGCUACAACAACAUAGUCUUUUUAUCUUUUCGAGUAUGUUACUUACAUUCUACUUGUUUGUUUACUAUAUUUGGCUUUUAGCAAAGAGUAGUGAAUCACUUUACAAACAAGUGAUGUCAUUCAAUGAAUGGUUAAAACAAAUAGAACCUCAAAAGGAUGAAUGUUCUUUUCUUGCACGUAUCUCACAGCAAUUAUUGCUCAAACGCACUAUUAGUUACGAGCAUUUGGCCAUAUUUGUUUCAGCCAAUUGUGCUCAAUUACAACAACAACUUGAUCUUUUUCUUCAAAAACAAUCAACACCAGGACUAUUAGUCACCAAGCGUAUUUUAUCAAGUUGUCCUCGAAUAUGUUUUGUUUUCAGUGGUCAGGGUCCUCAGUGGUGGGCCAUGUGUCGAGAGUUGUAUUCAUCUGAACCGAUUUUUUGUCAAUGGAUUCAACGAAUCAAUCAAGAACUCAUCAAGAUCAAUGGUGGUGAAUUCAACUUAUUGCAUGAAAUGAUGGAAAAGACUGAGCAAGAAUCACGUAUUAAUGACACUAACAUCGCACAACCCGCAUUAUUUGCUGUUCAAGUAGCUCUUGCAGCACUUCUCGUUUCAUGGCAUAUCUUUCCCAGUGCAAUUGUAUCUCACAGUGCAGGAGAACAAGCAGCUGCUUUUAUCUCUGGCCGAGUUUCAUUAAAUGAAGCAGUUCAUAUUGUUUAUAAUAGAUCGCGUCUUCAACAUCGAAAUACACGUCAAGAUGGUCGAAUGUUGGCUGUUGCUAUGAAUGAACAAGAAGUACGAGAUUUAUUGCUCAAGGGAAUCGAACACCUGGUGUGUGUUGCCGCUGUCAAUAGUCCACGAUCGCUGACACUUAGCGGUGAUGAAAAAAUUAUCGAUGAACUCGAAGGCAUUCUUGAAACACUUCAUCCGACAGUGUUCAAAGCUCGACUACGGAUCGAGAACGCAUUUCAUUCUCAUCAGAUGGAUCGCUUUGGUAUUAAGGAAGAGUUGCUAUCAACACUUGGCUAUAUUCGAGGUUUUCCUCUUGAAAAUACACAAGAAAUGUUUAAUGUUCGUUGUGCACAAGUUCCACUUUAUUCAUCUGUUACUGGAGGUCGAAUAGACGAUAAAACGCCGCUGAAUGCCCAUCAUUGGUGGUCAAACGUCCGCCAAUGUGUUCGAUUUGGUGAUGCUAUUGCGGCAAUCGUUCAAGAUGGAGUCGUGGACGCUUUUCUCGAAUUAUCACCUCAUCCUGUUUUGGGCACAUCAAUACACGAAUGCUACGAAAAGGCAUCCACUAUUCAGCCAGUAAUUUUGCCUACUCUUAAACGAAAGGAGGACGAACAGAAAACACUGUUGACAAGCAUUGCACAACUCUCAUACUCACUCGAUGUCUGGAAACCCUAUCUUGAAUCUCGAUGUGUUCAACCAAAUAAAGAUGUCGAACAUUUAUUUGAUAAUUUUCCAUUAUAUGCAUUCAACUUAACUCCUUGUUGGUAUGAAUCAAAAGAAUCUGCAAUAGAGCGUCUAGCUUAUCGUUUGCCUCUACACCCAUUACUGGGUGUUCGUCAAUGGACUGAUCACACAUCAGCAAUAUGGAAAAGUUUGAUCAAUCUCAAUUUACCUGAACAUGCCUAUUUAUCUCAACACAAAAUGCAAGAUGAUAUUCUUCUUCCAGCUACUGGAUUUCUUGAAAUGGCACUUGCCGCUUGUCGUCAGCUCUUGCCAAUGACUAAUAAUGAUGAGACGCCACCACCGAUCGCUUUUAGGCAGAUUGAAUUUAUCAAAGCUCUUGCUCUGACCGAGCGUGAAUUAACUGAAGUUAUUACACAAAUUGUGAUGCCGAUGCGUGAAUGGUUGAUUUACAGUCGACCAUGGUCGGAAGCUGGAUCAAAUUGUCAACGAUCUGCUGGUAUGGCUUGCAAUGACUUUAUUGAUUCUUUCGUUGAUCUUCAAACAUUAAAUACAUAUUCUCUGCGUCAAUUUACUCUGCAUGCACGAGGUCAGAUUGAUAUUGGUCCUCAUUUGAACAUUCAUGCGUCGUUAGCCUGUCGAUUUAGUAACGAGAAAACAGCAAACUGGUAUGAUCUAAAUAUUCCUAAUCUCUACGAUCAUUUAUUCACAAGAGGAUAUCAGUAUGGUCCCAGCUUUAAAAUGGUAACCUCAGUUAAAACCACAAAUUCAGAAGUAACUGGGCGAGUUACUCUAGUUAAUGAUGAACAAAACGAUAUACGUUACCAUCUACAUCCACUUAUUAUUGAUAGUUGUUUUCAUACAUUCUUGUCUAUUGUACCAGGUAUUGAAACGUUUCUUCCGGUUGCCAUUGACAAGAUGAUUGUUUAUGGGAGUACUUGUCAUUUGUCUCAAUUAGUGAUACAUGGAUCCUAUCAUUCUUUUCUUGCUGGUCUUUCGCAAGAACGAGCUCAUACUCUGGAUGUUGCCAUAUAUAACAGUGAUGAUGAAAUGAUACAAUCCAAUACAAAACCACUCGUCAUAUUUCAAAUGUUCAAAAUACAACGAAUUUCCACUUGUUGGACACCAUCGGAUAAGUCUAUUUUCCAAAAAAUAAAUGAAAUUGUUCAUCUACCAAAUGGAGAUUAUAAUGAUCAUAUACAAGCAGUUUUAUCUAAAUUUUGUCAACAAAAGAAAUGGUCAACUCUGUUUAAUCAUUUCACUAGGACAGUUGAUCUGUUACCGUCGUCGAACACGUUGAUUGAUGAGACAGAAAAAUUAGAGAUAGAAACGAUAAACAAUGACAAUGAUAAUGUCAAGAAUCAACUAGCAGAUUCAGUCGAGCCAUCGAAUGCCUUAGCUGGAAUGUAUGCUCUUCAAGCAUUACAACGCCUUGCUUCAUUAGAGAACAUUCAACUGAUCGUUGAAGAUAAGCUACGUCAUCUUGUGCGAGAUGAUGAACCUUAUUUUAUCCGAUUAUUUGAAGCUGCUUUUUCACUUGUUCAUCAACAUGGACUAGUUGAUGAGUGUGGCAAUAUCACUAUGACAGUGACAAAUCAUUCGAUUCGGCUAAUUCAUAAAAAUUUUGUUAAUCGAUUUCCUCGUCUCAAAUCAUUCGUUACUCUAAUGAACGUAGUCGGAUCCAAACUCGGUCGAACGUUGUUUGGUCGGCAGUCUCAUGAAGAAUUAUUUAUACAAAACAAGGAAACUGAGUUAGCCCUAGAAGAUGUGCAGAAUACUAUUUCGUUUUCAAAAACACAAUGUGUUUUUCAAGCAUUCAUCAAUCAUAUGCAAAACAAUCAUCCGAAUUCAAUACGUAUUCUAUUAUUCGGAGUUGGUAUGAGUUCAAUUUCAGUGCCUAUUGUUCGUAAAUUGGCUGAUUUUGCUGAACAAACAGACACAUACGUUAAAGUGCUCUAUGUCGAUCUGACAGAAAUACUUCUAUUAGAGGCUGAGCAAGCUUUCCAGUCCUGUCUGCCAAAUAAUAACACGAGAAAUCAACGAAUUUUCGUCUCUUAUCGUGUCUAUGACAUAGAAGCUGAAUCAGAUAACUCAACCUUGCUAGACGAAGCGCAUGAUAUUAUAUUUGUGGCCAGUGUACUUCAGACUACGAAUGAUAUUAAUCAUUCACUUGAAUCACUUCGUCGUCUUCUUGUACCAGGUGGUCUUCUUCUUGUGGUUGAAUUAACAUUAACUCAUUCGUACUUCGAUCUUCUAUUUGGUUUAUUUCCUUAUUGGUGGCGUAACGAUCAAAGUCGUGCUCCACUGACUAUUGAUCAAUGGAGACAAGCAUUCCAAUCAGUAGGUGGAUUCGAACCGAUGGUAGUGUCAGCAAAGCCGAAUGCAUUCGGAGAUUCGCUCAUGAUUGUGCGAAAGUCAACAACACGAUCCAUUCUCCUUCAUCUUUCCGAAUGGCAGGAUCAAGCCUGGCUCUUAUUUGCUGAUGGUGCACACAAUCUAUCACAUGCACUUGUACCUCAUUUACCAAGUUCCAACAUUGAAAUUCUACUAGAUACUGUCACUACUGAUCAUAUUUCUUCAACAAUUGAUGCCAUGUUGAAACAAUAUAAACAAUUGCAUGUCGUAUUUGCUUGGCCACUCGAUAUAUUACAACAUUAUCAGAAUAGCAAUGAACCAACACUUGAAUCACAUAUAGAGCAUUUAUGCUACAAAUUCGUGUGCAUACUGCAAUCUAUUGAAAAAUACCAUCGACAGAAUAAUUCAUUUCCAUAUGUAUUUAUUCUUACACAAAACUCACAGCCAAUACAUGGAAAGAGUGAAUUUAAUCCGAGAACAGCACCACUCAUUGGACUUGCGCGUAGUCUAAGCGUUGAAUGUCCACGUCAUCAUAUAAAGCUCAUUGAUUUACAACCAACACCAGCCAGAUUUGCAGAAUCAUCCUAUGCCGAUAUUCUCACACAGCAUAUGAUCAACUCAAGAGAAGCCGAUAAUUUUGAUGAAGUCGUUUUAUCUUUUGAUGCAGAAAGUCGCCUUCAAUGCUUCCAAUGGCACUAUGAUUGGUUGAAAUCAAAAGAGAACCAUGAAGUAUCAUCGAAAAUGGAAAGAACAAUUGUACCUAAAACUGAUGCCGAUAAGAAUCCAUUUGGACUUCAAGUUCCACCAUCACGCUUUGUAGCUGAUCUUGUUUGGAUGAGAGAACCGAUGCCGAUCAACAAUCUAUUACCUGGUCAAAUACAAGUUCGCGUUCACUGCACAAGUCUCAACUUUAGAGAUGUUCUGAAAGUACGUGGUUUGUAUCCUCACACACGAGUGUUUGGUCAACAAGAUUGUGACGUACCUCUGCUCGAUCGUGAUACUAGUGCAGUAACUGAUUUCAUGGGUACUGUUAUUCUUUUUAAUUCGAAAGGUUUUAAGAUUGGAGAUCGUGUUAUUGGUACUUGCUCAUCAGGUGCCCUCCAUUCCCAUAUUAUUGUCAAUACCUCAUUGGUCUCACGUGUGCCCGACGAAUGCAUGUUGUCGGACGAUCAAUUGGCUACUUUGCCUACUGCAUUUUCAACAGCGAUCCUCUCCUUAAAACAUCGUAUUGGACUUAAGCAAGGUCAGACCGUUCUUAUUCAUGCUGCCACUGGUGCCGCUGGUCAAGCUUGCAUCCAGUAUUGCCAGGCAGUUGGCGCUAGAGUUAUCGCUACUGCAGGUAGCGAUGCCAAGAGAUAUUUUCUACGAAAUCACUAUGGAAUUGAACAUGUAUUCAAUAGUCGCGAUUUGUCGUUUGUCACCGAAAUACGUUCUCAUUUUCCAAAUGGUGUUGAUGUCAUUGUUAAUUCUCUUUCGGGCCCACUUCUUCAAGAAUCAUUCAAACUACUUGCUUCUCACGGUCAUUUCAUUGAACUUGGCAAACGAGACGUGUAUGCGAGAACAAGUCUACCGAUUUUUGACUUGCGUCAAGAUUGUAGUUUUCAUGUUAUUGAUUACAGUUUACACACCGCCGAAGAAUUGCCCAUCAUUACAGAAAUGUUCGACGAUGUUCUCGAUCAUUUUCGAAGAGGUCUAUUCAAACCAGUCGAACCCUUGACUAUUUUUGAGCCGUCUGAAGUAAUUAAUGCAUUUACCCAAGGCAGCCUUGGCACAUCCAUGGGAAAAAUGGUAGUUCGUAUAACGAAUUCUGAACAGCCUCUCUUAGUAAAAGAAAAUAAUAUAAACAUGAAGAUCAAUGAAAACUCAAGCGAAGGAUCAAUGUUUCCAUCUUUGGUGUGUGAGAAUGGAACGAUCCUCGUUUCUGGUGGAUUGGGUGGUCUUGGACUCACUAUGUCUCGUUGGAUGGCGGAAAAGCGAGGUGUUAAGCACAUUACUUUAAUGAGUCGUCGUACAAUUGAACAGUUUGAAAAAGCCGAAAAUAAUCCACAAUUAGAAGAUUGGUUACAACUUAAAGAGAUAGCAGUCAAACAUGAUGCUUGCAUUGAUGUCGUUCAAGUGGAUGUGACUCGAUGUGACGAUGUUUGUGAACUAGUUAAACGUCUGAAUCAAACAUCACAUCCAGUGCGUGGCAUUAUACAUAGUGCUGUCAUAUCCGAUGAUAAAUUGUUGAGCAAUCUUAACCAAGAGACACUCUUUCGCGUUAUGCAACCCAAAGUACGUGGUGGCUGGAAUCUUCAUCAAGCAUCACAACAAAUCGGUACAUCGCUGCACUUCUUCGUUAUGUUUUCAUCGAUUCGUAAUCAUUUGAUUGAUCCUGGAUCAAGUGGCUACAAUGCAGGAAAUGAGUUUUUUGAGGCUCUAGCACAUUAUCGCCGUGAGCAUCUACAAUUACCGGCUCUAGCAAUUGCUUUGCCAGCAGUGAGUGGAGCAGGCAUGUUCCAUCGACAACAGGUCAUCUUGAAUAAUCUACUUAUUGCUCAAGGAAUUGAGAUGUUGCCUACAGUAGCUACAUUCGAUUUGGUCGAACAACUCUUUAACAUGCAAACAAACUUCUCAUCACCUGUCAUUUUUGCUGUCGACUGGAAAAGACUAAAUUCUAAUAAGGCUAGCUUGACUAAUCAUCAGCUGGUACAAUUUAUUGAGCAACAGGUUACUCUAGAAGAUAUUUCUAGUUCACGAGCGACUGAUUCUGGUUCUUUAUCAACUGCAAGGAUCGAAGUCAUUAUUGAACGAACUCGAGAAACAGUGAUGCGUCUUCUAGGAGCAUCGAGCAUUGAUCGAAUAGAUAUAGAUCGUUCGCUUCUUUCACUCGGUCUGGAUUCACUUGCAGCCGUUUCACUCUACAAUUGGCUCAGUCAAGAAUGGGGUGCAUUCAUCUCUCUAGCAGAAAUAUUUCAAGGUAUUAAAAUUUCACAGAUUGCUAGUCAAGUACAUAAAAAGCUGACAGAACGACAAGCUGCAUCAGGAGCGACACAUACCACAUUAUUGAGUGAUAUGGAACAGAUGAAUGAAGGUGAAGAUGACUUAACAGUUUCUACAACGAAAAAGGCUACAUUGUAUACUGGCAUGGAAGGAGUUCUCAGGGUUUCUCUGGUCAAGGAUAGUAAAUCGAUCAUAUUUGCUAUUUCAUCCAGCAAUACUAUCACUGAUGAAUGUUUUCAAAGUUUCGCGAAUAAGAAAUCAACCGUUUAUUUUCUUCAUGUCACCAUGGAUAAACUACAUCUGGAAACAUGUGCUCGCGAAACUAUCAUUCAAAUGCGUCGAUUGCAUCCUCAUGGUCCUUACUCAUUGGUGGCUUUAGAUAAUGACAGCCAAUAUGUUAUCAAAGAAAUACUAAAGCAACUAAAAUACCACACAAAAGCUGGUGUUAACCGUCUCGGCUAG